CACUUGUGACAGGAGCUGGAUAUGGCUGCAGAGGGAGCAGCAUGAGAUUCUCUCGAAAGAAGUUCUGCUGCUAUGUGCUAGUGCUCGUGUACUGCGCCUUCUCCUUCUACGCCGCCUAUAACGUCUUCUUCCGACCUCCCCAGGUGUCCCGGGUGCACCGGGUGGUGAGCAAGAAGGAAGGAGGCAGCAGAGGGUCUCUCUACCUUGGAAGUGAACAAUGGAAUCCUUGGGAAGAAGAUGAAAACGGACAUAAGGGCUCACGUUUGCAAAAAGGAGAAAAAAACUGGAAAGACCUAUUAAACCCAAACUCCCAUCAAGAACAAGCAGAGCUCCAGGUGCAGAUCUGGGGCAAGGCUGCCAUUGGGCAUUAUUUUUGGCAGCAUAUAUUGGAGGGACCACUUGAACCUCUUGAGGAUACUGCUCACUGGAGGGAGGGCAAGCUUAAAACUGAAAGAACUGACAUCAGCUUCAUCACCGGUCCCGCAGUUGUUCCUGGUUACUUCGCGGUGGGAGUCCAGAAUAUAGUUCUUGUUCUCAACGGCAGAGAAGAAGCAAAGAUUUCUUUUGCCACUCAGUGGCUUCAUUACACCCAGACUCUGAUUGAAAACCAUAAACUCCGGCACGUUGCUGUAGUUCUGCUAGGAAGUGAGCAGUGCAUUAAUAACUGGAUCCUUCCCUAUUUGAAGAAGAAUGGAGGCUUUGUGGAGGUCCUCUAUCUCGUCUAUGACAGUACUUGGAUUAAUGAGGAAGAUGUUUACCAGUGGCCCCUAGGAGUAGCUACGUACAGAAACUUUCCAGUCAUUGAUCCAAGUUGGUCUCUGGUUCAUGAUUCUCGACCAUACUUGUGCAACUUUCUAGGGACUGUGUAUGGCAAUUCAUCUAGAGAAAAUCUUAUGGAGGUUAUAAGGAAGGAGGGUCUUGACCAGCACUGUUGGAUCUCACCCAGAAAUGAGUGGCAACCACAAGAAACUAAUGAAAGUUAUAAGAGCUAUCAUGACGCACUGCUACAGAGCGAUAUAACGCUGAGCCCAGUGGGAGUAAACACGGAGUGCUACAGAAUUUAUGAGGCCUGUUCCUAUGGCUCUGUUCCAGUGGUAGAAGAUGUGAUGACACCCGGAAAUUGUGGAAACUCGUCUGUUAACAGUAAUGCUCCUUUGCAACUACUGAAGUCUUAUGGCGCUCCAUUUAUUUUUAUCAAAUCAUGGAAAGAACUUCCUGCCAUUAUAAAUCAGGAGAAAAACAUGAGCUUACAAGAGAAGAUUCAGAGAAGAAAGAGGAUUCUAGAAUGGUACAGACAGUUCAAACUAAAGCUCAAGCACAAAUUCAUUGAAACCCUUGAAAAGACAUUUCUGCGUAAGGAUAAAUGAAACGCGGUGUACGCUAGCGCCCUCUAGGUUUACUAGUUAUUUAUUGGUUACUUGAAAAUGCUCCUGUUUAAUAGGUUCUGUAGUUUUAACAUGUCACCUUAACAUAGGUAUUAAAAUUGUGUUCCUCAGUAUGGUGCACACAUAGUGUGAGAUUUAUCAAGAUAGGUGCUUUCUGUGCUGGUCUUGAUAUCGCCUGCACUGCCGGAGGAUGCACCUACUGUAUGACGAGGCUCAGGCCUUGUCAUAAAUUAUGCACAUCCUCCGGCAGUCUGUGCGUCUAAACAGAGAUCUGAGCUGCCAUAGAUCUCUGGCCUUGUUUCCGCCAGAAAACUGGCGUAAAUAAAGAUAAAUUAGUCGCUGCUGCUGGCCAUGCCCCCUUCCACUCUUGUCACACUCCUUUCUGAAAAGUGGCGAGGGUAGGCAAAAAAGUGAGAGAUGCA